AUAUAAAAAAGAAUGACUUAUCCUUUUCAUUGUUGUUGUAUCACUCUGGGAAUGGAUCCAAUAGUCAAAAAGAUUCUAAAAGGAGAAGACUUUGGGAAAAGAACGAAAACAGAGAGCUUAAAAGGAAUCUAGAGAACAAGGGUUACGACCCUUUACGUCCCAUAGAAAAUCAGAGUUCCAAAACUGGUCUAAUAAAGCUGGUUUCUCGUGAGGAAGGAUUCCACAAGAUGGACCAGGGAGCUACUUGGAGGAGUAGCAGGCCUUCUUCAUACGAUCAAAGGGUUAUAGCAAUAUGCUUGGCACUUGCUGCUGUAAUCUCACCUCUUUAUAUUGAUAGGAUAAAGGAAACGGAGCCAGAGCCUGAGGAGGAAACCAUCAACAUAUCUUCGUAUCUACCUCUGUUGCUUUUGAUUCUGAUCAUGUCUAUAGCUGUAUCACGUUACUUGGACCGAAGUUUUACCAGUUUUGAUCCUAACUGGAUUCACAGAGUUUGUGGCUCUUCCACUGGGAUCAUCAUUCUUCUGCUGAUUCUCGCAUCAGUUUUGAAGUUCAAAUCUUCUUAAUUUUAUCUGAGCAGCUUAGAAGAGAUCAGCAAAUUUUAUCUGUGGAUGUAAGAUGCUGACUUUUCUUACCACAAUUUUAAGUUUGUUGAAAUGCGCAUUAUGCUCUUCCUAACUGGAUUCAGAGUUUGUGGCU